UAAAACACUUCGGAGAGAGGAUCUUACCUCCUAAUGAAGCCAGUCAAUUUCUAACCCAAUUCUCGUCCCUAAAUUGCUCAACAGGCCACGUACCAUGAAACCUGUACUUCACUUUCAGAAAGAGAGAGAGAAGAGAAUGCUCCGUCUGGCUUCCUCUGGAAUUUGCAUUAGACGUUUAGAACGGAUGUUGUCAAAAAUCCUAGCUUCCUUCCUUCUCCCUUUAUUUCCUCAUUUUUCUCCUCUCUCAAACUAUCUCCCGAAACUACAUUGAGCUGCCAAGCCGCAGACCUCCCUCUCAUUGGAGGUUCUAACCCUCCUUGUUGUUUCCUAGUCUCUACUGCCGCCGAUGUCCCCAAUGCCGCAGGUCUCUCUCAGGACUCGGAGGCAAGUGUCGUCCACGGCUUGCGGAGGAGCCCGGUUAUUAGGAAUAAUAUACGACGAACGAAUGCGAGAGAGAAUGAUGAUCUCGCAAUAGGGAGAGCUACCUCGCUGAUGAUAGCGAUGCACUUCCCCUUCCCAUGACUUAUCCUGACUCCACUCCUGUCCCCAUCGAAGAGAUUGAUCGUCUUCUUCGUUAUGAUCCCCAAAUGCAGGUUGUAAAGAAGUUACGAAUGGACUGGAAAGUGUAGGAGUUGCCAGGGUUCUGGUUUUUUCGGCUAUUACAACAAAAGGGGCAAGGAGAUCACUUGCAAAUGCAUACCUUGCCUUGGAAUUGGGUGUGGAGGGAGCCAACACCAACAUGGUGGGAAGCCUUUCCACUCUGUCGUGUCAUUGCAACCUUUGAAUGGAGGAGGAUUUAUUUGUGGCUGUUGUUGUCCAGACAAUACUCUGGACUGUCAUGUGGUUUCGAUCCAAACGUUGAUGAGAUGAAGCGAGUUUUUGAUAAAUUUGAUGCCAACAAGGAUGGGAAGAUCUCUCCAGAGGAAUAUUGCUCAUUGUUGAAGGCACUGGGGAAGCCAAGGCCAGAGCGUGAAGUAGCGAAGAUAUUUGAGGUUGCUGAUUUGGAUGGAGAUGGUUUCAUUGAUUUCAAAGAAUUCAUGGUUGUUCUGUGCAAUGGAAGUGGGAUACGGACAAUGGACAUACGCAAUGCAUUUCAUAUAUUUGAUUUUGAUAUGAAAGGGAGGAUAGGUGCAAAGGAAGUACGGGAGAUGCUUGUGAGGCUGGGGGAACGGUGCAGCCACACUGAUUGCAUGAGGAUGGUGAGAGGAGCUGAUGCAAAUGGGGAUGGAUUUAUUGACAUGGAUGAAUUCAUUACCAUGAUGACCUAUACCAUGAAGCCAAUUUGAAAUGAACCAUUCGUUGUUACUUCCUUGUAGCUUUGGACUAGAAGAACCCUAUUAGUUUGUGUUUAAUAUGUUCCUUUUUCAUUAAAUGUAAAGAGUAACAAAUCUGUAUUCUGUACUAGUGUUGUUACAAGCAAACACACUAAAAGAAGAAAACUCAUAUUAGUUUGGCUUUAACAUGAUCCUCCUGGUUUGCUUCUU